CUUAUUUGAAAUAGGACAAAUCAUAGCUUAACCUUUCGAUAUUUUUUUGAAAAAAUCCACAAAAGGAAUUAAUUAGAUAAAUCAGCCAAAGCUACAUCAACAAUGCUAGUCGGGAUUACAUCUUGCCACACUCUCUGACCCACCUCAUCAAACCCCCAAUUUCGAUAUUUUUAAUCUAUUAUGGAGUAAAAUACCUCUAAUUAUUGUAAUUUAUAUAUUUUUAAUUUCCCACCCCUAACAAAAAUACAAAAAGUGAAUUAAAAAAAAAAAAAAAAAAAAAAAAGCGUUUUAUUUCAUUACAUUACACAAGUAGAAUAGACCCCACAAAUUGUAGAUCCGUUGCAACUAGUCAACACUCUCACGUCUCCCACUCUCUUUCUCAUUUUUCUCUCUCUUCUCUUCGCUUUCUCAUUUCUCCUCUUUCUCUCUCGAAAUCCCCAAAAUACCCCUCGCCGUCGAUGCUCUGAUGGACGCCCCUCCGACCUCCUCCUCCGGCGAAUGCCCGGCGACUUCCGGCGGUCUGAUGAUCGCCUCCAUUGACGCCUCUGAUAUUCGCAACAACACCUCCUCCGAACCCACCUCAUCAAACCCCCAAUUUCACAACAAUAAUAAUAAUAAUAAUUUAAUUAAUAAUAAUAAUAAUAAUAAUUUGAAUAAUAAUGCAAAGUAUAAAUUAAUGUCGCCGGCGAAACUUCCGAUCUCAAGGUCGUCUUGCAUUUCAGUUCCUCCUAUGUUCAGUCCGACGUCGUUUCUUGAGUCCCCUGUCUUCCUCUCCAACCUCAAGGGAGAACCUUCUCCAACAACUGGUUCCUUUUUCAAGCCGCAAAUGAUGCAGAAUUCAUCUAGUGGGUCCACCACAUACCCAUCUGUUAUUAAUAGCUCUAACACCUUUGAUAAUUCUCAAUCAAGUGGCUUUGAGUUCAAACCUAACACAGGAUCAUAUUCUUUUGGAGGCUUUGCAUUCUCAGGAUCUUUGGCUUCUUCCUCCGAUCUGAUUCAACAGCAAGCUGGGCAAGCUAACCAAGUCCAGCCAGAGUGUCCACCUCAGUCAUCUGAUCCACCUGUUGCAGUUAAAAGUGAACCGGCACCUGUAAAUGAACAGAGACCAACUAUGGUACCUCCAUCCUCUGGUUUACCCACCGAAGCUGAUUCCAACGAAUUCAAUCAAAAAUCUGAAUCUAAUAAUGAAGGUCAAACACCACCAUCUGAGCAGAAAGUAUUAGGCUCUCAAGUAUCUGAGCGAACUUCAGAUGAUGGAUAUAAUUGGAGGAAGUAUGGACAGAAGCUUGUCAAGGGAAGUGAAUUUCCGCGAAGUUAUUAUAAAUGUACUCAUCCAAACUGUGAAGUUAAAAAAUUGUUUGAGCGAUCACCUGAUGGGACGAUAACUGAGAUUAUAUACAAGGGCCAGCAUGAUCAUCCAAAACCUCAACCUAACCGCCGACUCCCUGCUGGAUCUAUGCUGUCUGCACUUGAAGAUAAGUCUGACAGAGUUACUCCGUUUAAUGGUCAAGAAGGAAUGCCUGCAAACUCAUAUGGCCAAACCGCGAAUAACAAUGAGCCAGGUGGCACCCCUGACCAAUCCCCUGGUGGGGCUAAUGACAAUAGUGGAGAAAUUGGCGCUAACCAGUUAAAUAGGAUUACAGAAGAUGCUGAUGAUGAUGAUCCUUACGCAAAGAGGAGGAGGAUGGAAAUAGGUGAAAUGGAUAUCAAUUCAGUAGUUAAGCCUAUUCGAGAACCUCGUGUUGUUGUUCAAACAGUGAGUGAGGUUGAUAUUCUUGAUGAUGGGUACCGCUGGCGCAAGUAUGGUCAGAAAGUGGUGAGAGGAAACCCUAAUCCAAGGAGUUAUUACAAGUGCACUCAUCCUGGAUGCCCAGUUCGGAAACAUGUUGAAAGGGCAUCCCAUGACCCAAAAGCUGUCAUAACAACAUAUGAGGGGAAACACAAUCACGAAGUACCUACAGCUCGGAAUAGUAGUCACGACACUGCUGCCCCACAAGCACAAAGUAUGGCAUCAAGGAUGGGGUCACGAGAAGGCAAUGAUGCAGUAAGCCUUGAUCUUGGUGUAGGGAUCAGGUCAGGCUCUGGGUUCGUCCCUGGUCAUCAGCAACAGCAAGCUAUGGGUGGUGAGCAUUUACCUGGCCAGCCCCAGUUUAGCAGUCAUAAUCUGUUGUUGCUUCAACAAAAUCCAAUGUCGACUUUUCCUGGUUAUGUAAAUGGUGGUAUGGUGCUGUAUGGUUCUAGGGAAAACCAUAGUCAAGGGCAUAGUAUUGGAAAUCAGCCUGUAAAUCACUCAUCAACUAAUUCAUAUCAGCAGAACAUGGGAAGAAUACUCAUGGGUCCCUAGAUUAAGAAGAGGAAUCGAAAAUAUGACAAUUUCUUUUUCUUCUCUCUUUAUAUGUUUUAUUUAUAUCUUUAUUUGCAUAGGAUGGCUAGGUAUCGCAAUUUUAGUGAAAUCAAAUUCUCGUUGCUUGUUAGCUAUUCCUAAUGGUUAUUUUCCAUUUCAACUGGCUAUACAACCAGAAAAGACGGUAAAUUUCAUCAGCCGAGCCAAGAGCUUGUGUACAGUUUGUUGUAAACGAGCAAUAGAGAUCAAGAAUAUAUUUGUUUGAAAUGAAUGAAAAAAGGGUCCUUUUUUAGAGUAA